AUGCUUCAGUUCUUUGCAGGACGCAGAACUGUGGAAGAGGCAGAACUGUGGAAGAGGCAGAACUGUGGAAGAGGCAGAACUGUGGAAGAGGCAGAUCUGUGGAAGAGGCAGAACUGUGGAAGAGGCAGAACUGUGGAAGAGGCAGAACUGUGGAAGAGGCAGAACUGUGGAAGAGGCAGAACUGUGGAAGAGGCAGAACUGUGGCAGAGGCAGAACUGUGGAAGAGGCAGAACUGUGGAAGAGGCAGAACUGUGGAAGAGGCAGAACUGUGGAAGAGGCAGAACUGUGGAAGAGGCAGAACUGUGGAAGAGGCAGAACUGUGGAAGAGGCAGAACUGUGGCAGAGGCAGAACUGUGGAAGAGGCAGAUCUGUGGAAGAGGCAGAACUGUGGCAGAGGCAGAACUGUGGAAGAGGCAGAACUGUGGAAGAGGCAGAACUGUGGAAGAGGCAGAUCUGUGUCUGGGCUACAGGUUCAGAGCUCAAUAA